AUUGGCCAGCCUACAGGCCAACAUAUUCAUUUCGGUAUCUCGGAUUCCAGUUUCCAGUUCGAUGGGCAAGACAGUUGUGGUUCCCAAGUCGUGUGCGGGUGGCCUGCACGCCAAGAAGACGGCCACUCAGACUCAGACUCAGACUCGGAAGAAGCCGAAAACUAUCCAGGAAGAGAUCGCAGAAGCUGAUCCUGCAGAAUGCUGUCUCUGUGGGCAGACCAGCCGUGACAUCGAUCGCGACGGCGAUGACGUCGCUUUGGUCAAGUGGGUGAAGUAUGAUCGGAGCUCCGUGACUGGCCAGAUCAGGCUAUCAGGCAGAGAGUGCCACCACUGCUGGGACACCAAACGACGAUUUUUCGACUGUGCACUCCAGGAGCUGGUGGACGAGAAGAAAAGUAACCCAACCUUAGACACUCGAUUCGGCCUCCUUCGGCGCGAUCGCGUCAGGAAAGAAGGGAAGUUCAAACACGAGGAGAAGAAGACACUCAAAUGCUGGACCGAGUCCUUCGAGGAGAGCUACGUGGACUCAUUCGAGGAGGGCGGCUUCUACAAGCUCUCGACCUUCUGCAAGAUCUACAAGGUGCCCUAUGCUCGCUCCGAUGAGGAAGAUGAGGUCAUCGAGAAGAUUCGCCAUAAGUACCCCGCUGCAGAGAUCUCCAGGGACACCAGGUUUCGCGCCAUGGGCGUGUGGGUGGUCAAUGAUCCGAACCCUCAGCUUGCAGAUUACAGGUUUCGGCGCGGAGUCAAGAGCGGUGCAACCAACAAUAGAGUGGAGGAGCAUGCUGAUGAAGACCUUGCUGAUGAGGCCUACCAGCAGCAGAGGAAGGUCAGGCGACUGACUAGCAAGGCCCCUGCUGCGCUGCGAGCUCGGAGCCACGACGUGGAUGACAAGGACGUGGCCAACAUGGAGGACGUCGCCGAGUCCGACGCCGAUGCAGCAGAGUCCGAGGUGCCGCAGCGGGCCACGCCGAUGCAGUCUCCUUCUUCCGCUGGGCCAGGAGUGUUUGUGUUGCCGUUCGACGCCAAGUCUCGCGACUCUCGUGGCAGCGCCGUGGAGCUCAGCGUGGCCCGCGACGGCGACGACGACUACGCGGACGAUACUGGCGGCUCUGUGGCUGGGGUGCGUGGCAAGGCCAACAAGAAGUGUAGUCCCAAAGACGCUGCCGUGGGCAGGGCCUUGCUCAGGCGGGCCAAGGCGAUGGACGUCCAUGAUGCGGAGCAGCAGUGGAACAACCGCCCUAGGAAUCGAACUCACGAGGCCGCCACCACUGCUCUCGUCAAGUCGGCUCGCGAGCUCGCCAAGUUCCCUAGUGAUGAGGCCUGCCUGAAGCUGUCUGAGGAGGUCACCAUCCUGGCGCGCGAGAUGCAGGAUCGUAAACGUAUAUUUGAUGAGCUGAAGCAGGCCCCCGCUGAUUUUGUCAACCAGGUGUUCUCGGAUGAUGAUCGGAAGACGGUGCUAUCUUUGAAAUGUCCCCUCCUCGUGCAGAUUAUCCAACAGACAUCGUUCCAAUUGGCGUCCAUUGACCCCUCACUCAUGUUGAAGCUCGCCGAAUGCCCAAUCGACAUCGUCCCCGACACAGAUGCUCAGCCCCCUGGCUGGUUCCCGCUCUCACGCAUGUGUUUGGGGAUGGCCUUGCUAUCCUCGGGGUGCACCGACAGCAAUCCCACGGCCGAGACGGUCAUCGCGCUGCUCACCCGCACGCAGAACAGCAUCGUGGUGGACAUGGUGGAGCGGAUCUGCCUCGACGCGAAGCAUGAGGACAAAUGCGUGGCCAUGAUCGAGGAGGUGCGGUCGGCCUUGCAGCACUUUGCGCCCUUCGUGUUCGACGAUGCCGAAACGAUUACGUACGAGCGCGGGGAGACGAAGUGCGAGGUGCAGAUCAAGCACGGUUUGUUCAAGCAGGCUUACAUCGACCUCUCGAUGAUGAUCGUCGCGGGCGACGUCCUCAAGACCGUUCGUGCAGGGGGGGUCGUGUCAGGAGAGCUUCGCACCACUGCGAAGAAGAUGAUGGCUGCGAUCAAGAUGGCUUCGCCACGCCUUCGCAACCUCGCCACGGCUGCAGGCCUCAAGGGCUCAUGCAACUCGAACGCCAUCAAGCUCGCAUGGGACAAGUUGGCUGAGAUGUUUCCUAGCACGGACCCAACUGCAAUCGCGAACGAGAUCGAUGGCACCAACUCGGCCUUCCAGGAGAAGGUCAUGUCGUUGUGCAAGGGCCAUGCCGAAGCCAAGCCUUCCGAGGGGGAGGCUGAGGCGGCUGAGGCUACGGAUCCGCGGGUGGACGCCUUCAACAUGAUGGUCGACCUCACUGAGCACACUGGCGUGGUCGACAGAUUUGCUUCCUUGUGUAUCUACGGUGACGCUUCCGACUUCGAGGAGGAG